GAAGUUCACAGGACCCCGCGAAAGAACCGAACCAACAGUCAAUUCAAAAUUUCAAAACAAACCCGAGAUUGUUGUUCAGACACGCAAUGUUUUUACUCUGACCUAGCUGGCUGUUACAGACGCAACCCAGUUCUUCAUUUCAAAACAGCAGUACGAUGGACGCAGAUGAAAAGCACGACUCCAGCAGAAAUGAUAAAUCGGUGGAUACUCCUAAACCGCCUUCAAUCGAGGAUUUCCUCCUUUUGAAGCCUAUCAGCCGGGGAGCUUUUGGCAAGGUUUACCUUGCACGGAAGAAGUGCAAUUCGCGAUUAUAUGCCAUUAAAAUGACAAAGAAAGCAGACAUGGUUGAUAAAAAUAUGAUGGGCCAGAUGAAGGCGGAGAGAGAUGCACUUGCUUUGAGCAAAAGCCCCUUCGUGGUUCACCUGUUUUACUCCCUUCAGACAGCCACCAAGAUCUAUCUGGUAAUGGAAUACCUCAUUGGUGGAGAUGUCAAAUCUCUGCUUCACAUCUAUGGAGUGUGUCUUGGUAAUCCGUCCCAUGUGAUGUGA